CACAUCUGGGAGGGGGGAAAGUCUUUGUUGUUGUUGUGUGUGUGCGCGCGCGCUUUUGCAGAAGAAGAUCCAGGAGGCAGCCAUCUAACUCCCUUGAAUUAGGCAUGGAAGAGCAAGAGCUGCCUUAUGUGUUGAUAAACACUACAGGAGGGACAUACGGAGUAUAUGAGGAUCAUGUCGAGUUUUUGAAGAAACAUUUUAACCUUAUCACCAUGAAGGAAUUUCUUGAAAACAAAAAUCGUCUUAGUGAAAAGAUCAAAGCUAUUUAUAUGUGGUGGCACAAACCAGCUGCUAACCAGGAGCUUCUCCAUAGUCUGCCUAACUUAAAGGUGAUUGCAACCUCUGGGGCAGGAGUGGAUCAUUUGGACUUGAAACUGAUCUCCAGCUUUGGAGUGAAAGUCGCCAACACUCCCUUUGCUGUUUGCAAUGUCACUGCAGAUCUGGGGAUGGCUUUAAUGUUGGCAUCUGCCAGGAGACUAGUGGAAGGUUGUCAGAUUGCAGUUUCCCCAAACACUGAGCAUUUUGCUGAUGACUUGCUGGGAGAUGAAGUCACCGGGGCUACCCUUGGUAUCAUUGGAAUGGGCAGUAUUGGAUAUAUGGUGGCCAAGAGGGCCAAAGCUUUUGAAAUGAAAAUUCUUUAUCACAACAGGAGCCAGAGAAAAGAGGAAGAGGAACGGGCUGUUGGUGCCAUUUAUUGUAAAAAGAUAGACGACUUGCUCCAGCAGUCAGAUUUUGUGAUGCUGGUUGUGAAGCUGACGCCUCAGACAGACAAACUGUUUGGGAAGAAGGAGUUAGAACUGAUGAAACCCACU